AUGUUUCAAAUUGGGAGCCUCAUUGUCUUCGGGCUGCUGACUCAAACCAAGGCACAGCUUGAAGGCCUGGGCCUGGGCCUGGGUCAGGCUUUGCCCCUGGGUCAGAUUCUGUCUUUGGUUCAGUCCUUAGUUCCUACAGAUCUUGCUGGAAAGUUGACAGGUGCUCUUACCAGUGGCCUGCUCUCCGGGGAUCUGCUGGGCAUUCUCAAAAACCUUCCCCUGUUGGAUAUCUUGAAGACUAAAGGAAGCAACUCCGGUGGACUUGUUGGGGGCUUGCUGGGCAGACUGACUUCGGUGGUCCCCCUACUGAACCAACUCAUUGAAGUUACGGUCAUUGAUCCCCAGCUGCUGGAACUUGGCCUUGUGCAGAGUCCUAAAGGCCACCGUCUCUACGUCACCAUCCCCCUGGGCCUGGGCCUCAGUGUGAAGACGCCCGUGGUUGGAAGUCUGGUGAGAUUGGAUGUGAAGCUUAACGUCACUGCUGAGAUCUUAGCUGUGAAAGAUGGGCGAGGGCAACUCCACCUGGUCCUUGGCGAUUGCACCCAUGCCCCUGGCAGCCUGAAAAUCUCCUUGCUUGAUGGAAUUGCCCCUCUCCCUGUUCAAAGCCUUGCCAACAGCCUUACUGGAGUCUUGAAUAAUGUUCUUCCUGAACUGGUGCAGAGCAAGGUGUGCACUCUGGUCAAUGGGAUUCUUGGUGACUUGGAUGUCACCUUGGUGCAUGAGAUUGCCGACAUGCUGAUCCAUGGGUUGGAAUUUGUCAUCAAAUACUAA